CCCGCAGAGUGCGCCGCCGCCAUGCGCGGCGACGCCCUGCCGGCGCGGCCGCGGCCGUCGCUGCAUUGGGCCGCUGUGGGGUGCCUCCUGGCGGCGGUUGCCGCGGUGGCGGCGGCGUCGCCUCAGGACGCCGCGGCGUUCGAUGCGCCGCGGCCCCGGCCGCGGGGAGGCCGCCAUGCGGCCGCGCGCGGGCUGGAGGGCGGCGGCGACGACGACGACGACGACGGCCCGACCCUCGAGGAGCUAGCCACGGCCGAGUUUGUGGACGACGGCGGGAGCGGCCAACUCUGCCUCAAGUACGAGUUCGCGCUAGAGCGCGCCGACAUGCGCCGGGAGGGUCAGGGCGAGCUCCUGGUCGCCUACAGGCAGGGCAUGCCGCGCAUCCGCCUCAAGGGCAAGGCGCGCACGCCGCGUUUCGGCGUUGGAGAGAUCACCCUGGUCUUGGACACGCCGAACCAAAAGAUGUACGCGCUGUUCAACAUCAGCGAAAUGCACAAGACGCAGUGCGUGAUCUAUGACUUCCCUGACCCCGCGGAGAACAAGGAGCGGAUGAAGACGCUGAGGUGGCGCAGCAAGCAGGUCCAUGAGUGGCAGCAUAAGGAGGCGGAUGAGGCAGAACAUCCAGGACGGCACGCAGGUGAGGAUGUGAGGUCGAUCAAUUGGACGAAUAGCUACACAUUCGACUUCACCCUGAAGGGCAACAAGAACUGGGAGGAGGUCAAGGGUAUCGCUCUCAGGGAGGGGGACAGGGUGGUCAAGAAUGUGACCCUCGAGGGCGUCGACGACACCGACGAGUUCAUGGGCGGUCUGCUGCGCAACCUGGAGAACCAGGACGAGGCUUUCGGCCCGCCCGGCCUCGAGUGCAAGCCGGAGGGCUCUUUCGUCAACCCCGUGGCAGAGAUCUUGCUGAAACCGCCCCACCGCGCCUCCUCCGCGCUGAACGACCUGCUGCUCGUCCUGGCGGACCACGGCAAGACGAAGGACUGGUCGGAGCUGUUCAUCAUGCUGAACACCGUGGCCGUGCCGGGCGACGUCGCGGUGCUGAUGGAGGAGCCUCGGCCGCCCGACCUCCAGUCGCGGCGCGGGGUGGGCUUCGACUACGAGGCCACCGUCUUCCAGCUCGGGGAGGACAACCACACGUUCGACGUCCCCCAGUCGAGCAAGGGCACGGUGUGGCUCAACCGGGAGGUGCGCUCCUUCCGCAUCCAGGACUCCGAGCCGCUGACCUCGGUCGGCCCCGUGUACCUCGACCUCGUGGCGGACGGGGAGGAGCACCCGGCCAUCUGGCUCAACGUCAACCUGACGGCGCAGGCCGAGCAGCAGUGCAUCCAGUUCCCCCAGGACAGCUGGCCCCAGCAGCACGACGCCGUCGCCCAGGAGAUGCAGGCCCUCAUCGGCAGGCCGCUGCAGUUUUACGCCCUGGCCCAGCUGCGCGAGGAGGACUGCGCCGUCUUCGUGGUGGAGCUGGCCAGGGGCCGCCACUUGUACCUGUGGGUGGACCUCGAGGCCAAGGACCCCGACGCGUUCCUGCAGGCGGAGGUGCGGCACGACGGCGAGGUGCUGCGCCGCACGGAGAUCCUGAAGUGGCACGGGACCUCGGACAAGGAGUUUGCCGCGCCGGACGCCGCCUGGCGGUGCAGCGAGGUGCCCGAGGAGGACGAGGUCAUCGACCUGGGCCUGAGCCAGCCUCACGGGUGGUCAGAGGCCCUCAAGGACACGCUCUACGCGCUGAGAUACCUGGACAUAGACUCGAUGGUGAUCGAGAUCCUGGGACUCGCGGGCAACGUGAAUGUGGUCGUGCAGAGAGAGCCAGACUUCCCUGCCCUGGCAGAGCUCUCGUCGGUCUCCUUCGCGUACCUGAAGUGCGCGGAGUCGUGCGCAACGGGCUCCGUCGCCAUCGACAACACGCGCCGCGUGGUGCGCAUGACCGCCAACGCGGACCCCGCCACCGGUGGAGCCAACGUCUCCCUCGUCGCCUCUCGUGGCCUGCUCUUCGUGCGCGUCCGGCAGGAUGCCGCCACGGCGCGGUGUAUCACCUUCCCGCUCCUGGACGAGGCCUCGACGGGUGAGGGGUCUCAAGGGGGCGGCCGCAGCUACGCCUGGAGCGCCGUGGAGGUGGUCGGCGAGUCCCAGGCGUACUGCAACCGCUUCUCCGUCCACGGCGACCGGAGCGAUCCCGCCGCCCCGCCCCAGGCCAGCGGCGCCACUCUGUGGUACAACGAGAACAGCCGCUCUGUCUGCGCCCUCCAGCUGGAGAGCGGCGAGCCAGCGGCAUCCGCGCCCGCGUACCUGGAGAGGUGGACGGAGUCCUACAAGGACGUCGGCGGCGACAACCCGGACGACCCGGACCAGGCCUGGACGGGCGAGGAGGACGAGCUCGGCGCCCCGGCCUCGUGGGAGUGCCCCGAGCAUGCCUCGCCGAGGGCCUGGGAGUCCCAGACCCUCUCCGACGCCUCGGCGGCGGUGCUGAGCGAGCUCGCGGAGGCCGCGGAGGUGGUGGGGCUGCUGCCGCCGGACGUGGCGCGGAGCGUGCGUGCCCUCUCGGCGCUGUCGCCGCCCCGGCCGCCGGUGCCGCCGCCGCCAGUGGGCAUCCUCGGCCCGGAGCUGCGCGGGUUCCAGUUCGCCUUCGAGGCGUCCUCCUGCUGCGCCUCCGAGGGCGUCUCCACCAGCAAAGGCCAGCUGCGCGUGGACCUCGAGGGGCGGCGGCUGGCGAUGCACAGCCAGGCCUCCGGGGUCUCCUCGGGCCUGCCCGCGCUGGAGAGCAGCCUCGUCCUCGAGAGCUCGGGCCUGGGCGCGGAGGGCACGCUGCGGGCGUACUCCUUCAUGAGCGCGGGCGGCGACGCGAGGUGCUGGACCUUCGAGCUGGAUCAGGGCCUGGGGCACGCGCGCGACCUGACCAGCGAGGCGGCCCGCGCCGCGCCGAACAACCCCUUCGCGCGCGUGGAGAAGGUGCCGGUGGACCCUGACAAGGAGGACACGCAGCCUGCGCCCUUGGAGUGGGCCGAUGGCGACUUCGACCUGUACGACCUGCUCUUGGCCGACCAGCUCGGGGGGCACCGGAGGCACGUGCAGAUGCGGAUCAAGGACGAGGUUGAGCUCGGCGCGAUCUACCUCGAGACAGAGAACGCCGAGGGAGAGCCCCAGCUGACGAACAUCAAAGUCUUCGACUGGUCGACCGACCCCCCCGGCGGGGAGUUCUUCACGCCAGAUCGCUCGAAUUGCGAGGAGCUGGGUCAGGCGGCGCCAGUGCGCGCCCGCGAGUGGGACCUGCUGCGCGUCUUCCUGCCCCCCCCGCCGCGGCACGGGAACGGCCAGGAGGAUCAGUACGAGCUGUCGGCGGGGGGCUACGCGAGCCCGUGCGCCGUGCCCAUCACCUCCGCCUCGGAGUGCAUGGACGCGGCGCAGGCGUCGGGCUGGGUGUGGGGCGGGCCGCGCAACUGGUCGGACCGCCUGCCGGGCUGCCUGCUGAGCUGGGAGGGGGACGUCCACUUCAACAGAAACCAGGAGGGCGUCGCGGCUAGCUCGGAGCACACCCCGCUCUGCCGGAGGGGCGAGGGCGCCGAGCGCCGCGGGAGCGUCGUGACGCCGCUGCCCGAGGCGCUGUUCUACGAGCUCUCGGAGUCUCCGAGCACGGCGUGCAGGUUCCCGCUGACCUCCCCGGAGGCCUGCGAGGCAGCUGCGGCGUCGCUGGGGUACCACUGGGCCGGGCGGGGCGACGUGGGCGACGCCCUGCCCGCCUGCCUGCGCAGCCCCAGCGGCGACGUGCUCUUCAACUCGAGGCGCAGCGUCACGGGCUCGCGCGGCUCCCUCUGGCCGCUGUGCCAGGCGCAGGCGCCCUACCAUCCCGCGGCGGCCCCGCCGGCCUGCGACGUGGGCAUCGCGUCCGAGGAGGAGUGCGACAUCGCGGCGAGGGUGCUCGGCUGGGCGUUCGCGGCCCAGGGCGCCGCGGGCAGCCACGCCGGGCACCCGACGUGCUCGGCCACGCGCGGAGGCGUCGUCAGCUUCGGCGCCCCGGGCCCCGAGUCGACGAGCGCCCCGCUCUGCAAGAGGGAGGCGCGCUUUGCGGUGGGGGCCGCCGGCGCCCCGUGUGAGGACUCCAUCGAGGACGAGGAGGCGUGCGCCGCCGCGGCCGCGGCCCUGGGCAUCGCCUGGGGCGGGCGGCGCGGCCGCUCGGCGCUGAGCUGCUGGGCCGAGCGCGCGAGCGCGCGGGCCGUCUUCGCCGAGGCCGCGCACGCCGAGCGGGCCGGCCUGGCGCCCCUGUGCCGUGCCCCUGGCGGCUCGGGCGCCAGGGCUCUGCCGCGGCCGCUGCUGGUGCCCCAGGCAACGUACGCCCUGGCCGCCGGCGCCGACGGCGGCUGCGAGAGCCCCCUGCGGGACGCGGAGGAGUGCCGGGCGGCCGCCCUGUCCAUGGGGUGGCGGUGGGACGGCGCAGGCGGGGCAGCGCGCGGCGGGGCGCCGGAGCUCUGCGCCCUGGACGCGGGCGUCGUGCGCCUGGGCGGCGCAGGCCGCCACGUGUGCGCGAAAUUGGUGCCCCAGGCGGAGCGCCGCCUGGCGCCGCAGCCGGAGGCGGAGGACGGGCGGCGGCCGCUGCUGGUCGUGUCCGUCUGAGCAGAGACAGGCGCGGAUGGCCCCCGUGGAGCAAAAGCCGGCGCUCUGCGGGGCGUCAGGGGCUCGCGAGGGGCCGUGAGGGGUC